GCACAUCCAGCCCUAUCUCACUCUCCAGAGUAAGACUAAACAGCCUCCAACAGCAUGAGAAGCAGAGGUUUUGCAUCAGGAUCCAUGGCUCUCGGUGGGAGAAGAAGAACGGUCUGGGGCAGUGGCAUACAGACUGGAAAUGUCUAUGGUGGAGCUGGAGGCUACGGGGUUCUCGGCUUUCCUGCUGUUCGGCCCUUGGUUGGGUCAUCCAGAGGAGACAUUGGUAGAGGUUUCAUCUCUGGUGUAGGUGUUGGUUCAGGUAUUGGUGUAGGUGUUGGUUCAGGUUUUGGUGUAGGUCUUGGUUCAGGUUUUGGUGUAGGUCUUGGUUCAGGUAUUGGUGCCAGCUCUGCUGUAGGUUUUGGUGGUGGAUUAGGAAGUGGUGCGGCUUUCAAAUUUGGAGAUGGGUUUGGAGGUGGCAUUGCUGGAGAAACUGUUCAAAUGCUGGGCAAUGAGAAGUUCACCAUGAGGAUCCUCAAUGAGCGUCUGGCCUCCUACCUGAUGAAGGUGCACUUGUUGGAAAAGGCCAAUGCAGAGCUUGAGCUGAAGAUCAGUCAGUUUGUGGACAGCAGGACUUCACCUAUUGCACGGGACUACUCCGACUCCUUGUCUACCAUCAGUGAGCUCCAAACUAACAUCCUUCAUGCUGUCCGGUUGAACGGUGUAGUUUUUGUCAAUCUUGACAAUGCCACCUUGGGUGCACAUGAUUUCAGGAUGAAGUACGAGCACGAGCUGGCCCAGCGUCAGACCAUCGAGGCCGAUAUCUCUGUGCUGAAGAGACUGCUGGAUGAACUGAAUCUGAAAAAGGCCGAGCUCAUGAUGCACAUCGACACUCUGAAAGAGGACAAGCUUCAAGUCCAGAAUCUCCACAGGGAGGAAAUGGUGACCACACGCAGCAAGAUGAGUGGACAGAUCCAUGUGGAGGUGGAGUCUGCACCACACCAAGAUCUUACCAGCGUCCUGGAGGAUAUGCGAGAUCACUAUGAGACCAUCGCUUCCAAGAACCGGAGAGAUCUCGAGGCCUGGUUUAAGGGCAAAUUAGAGACCCUGAAACAAGAGGUUGCUGUGAGCGCAGAGACCGUAGAUACGUCCAAAACAGAACUGACUGUAGAGAAAACCAAAGUGCAGAGUCUGGAUCUGGAGCUGCAGUCCGUUCUGGCCGUGAAAACAUCCUUGGAGGGAAAGCUGUCAGAAGUCCAGACUUUCUAUGCUGUGCAGUUAUCAGGAUACCAGCUGCAGGUCACAAGUGUAGAGGAACAGCUGCUGCAGCUUCGAGCCGAUCUGGAGCGUCAGAGUCGGGAUUAUCAGAUGCUCCUGGACAUCAAGACCAGACUGGAGAUAGAGAUUGCAGAGUACAGGAGACUGCUGGACAUAGGGGCCAGUGGGAGUCCUGCACUUCAGACUGGUCCUGGACUUGCUCCUCUGGAUAAACCUGGUUCCAAAUCCAGACCAUAGAAUUAAGAAGAGCUGGUUAAUGAGAAAGUCUCCUCCAACACCACAAACCCCACCUUCUGUGUUUGUUUUCUUGGCACACAUCAACUUCACAAAAUAAAAAAUGUGCAAAUCAUCUGCAGUGUGAAAUAAACAUUACAUCAUGGAUAUGUCAAUUAAAUACUUUAACCAUU